UAGUCACUCAGCUUUCCUCACCAAACCUUAACCAUUGCUUUGAGUUCCAUUUCAACUUAGAAGUUGGCAAUCACUUGUUUUCUUAUUGGCAAAAAUGGCUCAAGAGAAGGAAAUGAGCAGGGUGACUGAGUGGAGGAUAAGAAUGGCAGAUGGUUCAUCUGAAGCUUUGGCUCCAGAAGCCGGACUUGCCUGCCGAGCUUGGCUUGCUCUGAAGGGUCUGAUUAUGGGGUUGGUUCUGAAAGUGUGCAAUUUCUUCAGGAAAGCUUGGGAUUUGGGACAAAAUGAGCCUAAAAAAGUGAUUCAUUGCUUGAAAGUAGGGAUGGCACUCACUGUUGUUUCACUGUUUUACUACAUGAGACCUUUGUAUGAAGGUAUGGGAGGAAAUGCUAUGUGGGCAGUUAUGACUGUUGUGGUUGUCUUUGAGAACACAGUGGGUGCAACAAUAUGUAAAAGUUUAAACAGAAUUUGCGGAACUUUUGUGGCUGGGUCUCUUGCCAUUGGCAUCCAUUGGAUAGUGAGUCAAUCAGGAAAAGAAUUCGAGCCUUUCAUCAAUGGGAUUUCAGUAUUUUUGUUAGCUUCUGCAGUUACCUUCUCAAGAUUUAUACCAUCAGUGAAAAAGCGAUUUGAUUAUGGUGCAAUGAUCUUCAUCCUCACAUUCAGUUUAGUUGCAGUGUCGGGUUACCGGGUGGAUAAAUUAUUGGAAAUGGCAAACAAUAGAGUAUACACCAUCAUCAUUGGGACUUCAUUAUGCAUUAUGAUAACCAUGAUUAUUUGCCCCAUUUGGGCUGGGGAGGAACUCUAUAUGCUCAUCACCCGAAACAUGGACAAACUUGCCUAUUCCUUAGAUGGUUGUGUUGGAGAGUAUUUCAAUGAAAGCGGAAGCUCUUCUGAUGGUGACAAGGAAUCUGAUAAGAAAUUACUUGGCUACAAAUGUGUUUUAACCUCAAAAGCAACAGAAGAAGCCAUGGCUAAUUUUGCAAGAUGGGAGCCUGCACAUGGCCGCUUCAACUUCAGACAUCCAUGGAAACAAUACCUCAAAAUCGGGGCAUCAAUGCGUGCUUGUGCUUAUUGCAUUGACGCCCUUGAUGGUUGCGUGAAUUCCGAAAAUGAGGUUCCUGAGUUGAUAAAGAAGCAUAUGAGCAACAUUGCUUUGAAAGUAAGCUCUGAGUCUUCAAGAGUCAUCAAAGAGCUUGCAAAGACUAUGAAGACAAUGAAGAAAUCAUCUACUAUAGAUUAUUUAGUUGGAGAAAUGAACAAUGCAGUCUUGGAGCUCCAAGAGGACUUAAAAUCUCUUCCUACUUUAUUUAUUAAUCCGCAGCCACUACAAGGAGCUGACUGUCCUGAAAAAAAGAACACGGGAGCAGUUGCUCUCAUGGAUAUCAUGCCACUUGUGACUUUAGUUUCUUUACUGAUUGAGAUUGCUGCAAGGAUUGAAGGCAUGGUUAAUGCAGUUGAAGAACUAGCUGAGAUGGGUGAGUACAAGUCAGUUGCAGAUGAGAAGAAUGAAAACCAGCCAGUUAGUAAAACUAAUGUACCAGAUGAACAUAAGGAAGAGGUGUGAGGGUUGUGCAUAAUGUUGAUUGGUAGAUUGUCAUAUUACUAAAGAUGUGCUGUAAAUUACCAAAUCUAACAACUUGGAUCACAGUAUUUCAAAAAAAAAAAAAAAAAAAAAAAAAAAAAAAAAACAACUUGGAUCACAGUUUAAAUCCUUUCAUUUUUGGCAAUGUCACUCUCACUACUGAAAUAGCUGUUAAGUUGGGAAUUAUAUUUUUGUUGGUCCCUUUUGUAAUUUGAAUGAAAUGUGCUUCAGUCGCUUUCAUUUUUCCAGGAUUACUGGUAUA